GCCUGCUCCACGCUCGCCUUCUCGCACGGCCGCACGGAGGCGGCGCUCGUCGCCGAGCUGCUGCGGGACGAGGCCUCGCCGCGGCUGCCAGAGCUGCUCGCGGCUGCCGUCCGGUCGCACCGCGAGGUGGUGCGGGAUUGCCAGCGAGGCCACGGGCACGAGCGCCACCUCCUCGCCCUGUAUGCACUCUCCGCGUCGAGCGGCGCCCCCACCCCCGCCCUCUUCCUGCACCAAGCUUGGUCCGAGGUGUCGGCAAGCACAAUCUCCACCUCGGGCGCGCGCCAGCCCUCCGUCGCCUCCUUCUCCUUCGGCCCCGUGUGCCCGACCGGCAUCGGGGUCGGCUACUUGCUCUUUGCAAGCAGCGUCGAGUGCACCGUGAGCAGCUGGAAGGGGAAGGGGCCGCCCGCUGCGCAGGCCGGGGCCGCCCCACUGCGCGAGACACCUUGUGCGAUCGACAUGAUGGCACAGAACCCUCCAUCGUGCAACGCCAGCGCCAUCGCGGACAACUUCUUCCAGAACCUGCGCCAGACCCACUGCCCUCGCAGCGCGUGGGUGAAGCUCAUGCGUGACGCCGACUCGCGGCCCGCAAAGACUGUGGUUGUGGUCGGUUGCAACAAGGGAUACGACGCUGCAGCGAUGACCUCGCCAGCCAUGGCGGCAGAACGCCAGACGGCUGACUUCCCCGCUAUUGCGCACGCCGGGCGGGAGGAUGUCGGGAUCGACUACAACACCCGAGCGCCAGACCGGAGAGCGAAGCGGCCCGCCGAUGCUCCGGUGGCGGUGGUCUCAGUCCGGCUACGGACAGUGGACAGCCUCGUGGAGUCGGAACGGCUGGCGCUUGGCGGCAGCGUGAUCGACAUCCUGACGACGGAUGCCGAGGGCCACGACGCUCUCGUGCUGGAGGGAGCGCGUGAUGUGCUCACCCGGGUCCGCUACCUCGAGUUUGAGUACCACGCGAUCGGACACUGGGCCUCCGCCUCGCUGCGGGACGUGAUUGGUAGCCUCGAAUCGAGCGGGAUGGACUGCUACUGGGCGGGGCACGAGCGCCUGUGGAGACUGACCGGCUGCUGGGACGACCGCUAUCAGCACUUCCGCGCCUGGAGCAACAUCGCGUGCGUGCGGAGGGGGGACGUGUGGCACAGCGUCCUCGGCGGCUUCGCGUUUGGCUAA